CAGGGCACACACAAUAUGCAAAACUGGACUGUGGUUUUUCACAACACAGUCACAGUUUACUUUCUUAACCUUAACUUCUCGAAAGUUGGCACACAUUCGCACUUGAGGACACACACACAAGCACAUGCAUACAUUUAUCCAAGCAGCAACGGAGGCACACACACACAAAGAUUCUCGGUCUCUCCGUAAACUUAACUAGAGCCUAACCAUUGUUGUGUUGGAGUUAAUGUGAUGUAAUGUAGAGGACGUUCACAACGUUUAAAGCUUUAUUUGCACACACAAGAAAACUCGGCAACCAGCUGUUCUUUGACCAAAAGUUAAGAUGAAUUCCACGACAACCCUGUGCACGACCACGGCCAAUUCCACAACAACCAACUCCUCCAAUAACAGUACCACCCACGGACAGUACCACCCAGUCCUCCUAGCUAUCUACUCUGUGGUUCUGCUCAUCGGUACCAUUAGCCUGAGCCUUAUGAUGCACAUCAUGAAGUCCAGCACGACUUCCUUCACCUCCAUCGCUGUGCUCAACCUCAUUUUCACCCACUUCAUCUUCCUUCUCACUGUGCCCUUCAGGAUUUACUAUUAUGCAUUAAAUAGAUGGGGGCUGAACCCUUGGUUCUGUAAAUUUAUCAGUGCUAUGAUCCACGUCCACAUGUACAUGUCCUUUAUCUUCUAUGUGAUCAUCCUCAUCACGCGCCUGAUGACGUUCUACUGCAAAGCAGAGCAGGUGGCCUCCAUGCAGAAGGUUCAUGCACUACUUGGCAGUGCUGUGGUGUGGAUGGUGGUGCUGGUCACAACCCCUUGCGUAAUAGAGUUUUACUACGGCAAAGAUAAGGAAGGUGACACACAUGGAGAAAAAUGCUUCCACUUUGGCAAAAACAUAAAUGAUUCCGUCCAGGUGUUAAACCACAUCAUAAGCACAUUGAUAAUAGUAGUGGCCAUUCUGUUGACAGCCCUCCAAGCCAAUGUCCUGCGGGUUUUAUACCGGAAGCAUCGCAAGGGAUGCACCUCACAGCAGGACUUUGGGGCUCAGCUGAAGAGCCUGUGCUUUGCCCUCAUCAUGGUGAUCUGCUUCAUUCCCUACCACGUGUUCCGGAUAUAUUACGUAGCAAAAAUUUCGGAAUUGCAGAAUCUCAAUGAGGUGUUUCUGAGUCUGACCACUUUUAACUGCUUGGACAUGCUGACCUUCUUGGGGAGGAGAACUUGCUCCAGGUGCUUCCCAGGAAAGAUUGUUUGAAAAUCAUGGGUGGGAGUUUGUGUUAGGGGGUCAGAGACUUAAUUUGCUUUAGUUUUUAAGCCUUACUUUACAGUUCCUUAUUGCCUUGUCAGAGUUUAUGAUAGGAAAAUUGCUUUGGUGCAGCUCCAUAAAAGCAGACAGGUUAUAACAGCAACAAUUAAAAAGCUCAAAUGAACAAUCAUUCAGAAAAAGACAUAAAAGCAUAUAAUGAAAAAAUGAUUGUUGAAACAUGCAGUGUAAAAUGCACAGAUGAGCCUACAGAGCUUAGUUCAACCGCAUCAGGAUUCAGGAUUCAUUUAGCUUUCAGUUUCCAAAAUCAACCACUAUUUCUUUGAAAGUUUAUCUGAGAGUGUGAAGGUCAUUCUUGACCUAAGGAAGAGUAGUGAAACAAAAUAAUCUUUAAUCACUGGCUACUUAGUAGCCAUUGUUGGAGCUGUUGUCAUCAUCAUUUAUUUUUGUUUAUCUUCAAAACCAGGUAGACAAGCCAAAGCUCCCAUCUAAACUCUGUCAGAUCCCAUGCUCUGCUUUAUCAAUCCUAUAACUGUUAAGUCAACUGAAAUUUAUGUAUGCUCUGAAUGAUAAAACCGUAUUGUACUUCUAUGAAAAUAUUGAAAGAUUUUGACUUGACUGGAAACUGUUAUUUGCUUUUGACUCAAAAUGAAUGAACUAUUGCCAUCUGCUGGUCCUUGUGUAAACUACACAGGAUUCAAGUUUGCUAUUUGUAAUAUUAUAUGGUGGAAUUGGCUUGAAAGUUAAGACUCAUUUUUCAAUUGUAUGUGGCUGGAAAUGAAAAUAUAUAUAUAUAUAUUUAUUUCACUGUAUUUGCUAACACUUAACCUCUGUGUACAUAGCUGAAGUGUUCAGCUCCAAA